AUGCGGAGCCGGGAUGAGAUGCGUGUCGCUGCCCUUUGUGCGGCCGAUGUGCUUCGAUUUGAGCUGCGAUUUCCUGCCGAAAAAAAAAAACAAACUGUGUUCACGGAGAAGAAUCGAGUUACACAGAGUUUGCAGAUGAGCUUCGAAACGUGGGGACAGAUGAGAGCCGGGGGAAAGUGAAUGCGAAGCCUUCGGAGGCGCUUUAGUUGGAGACUCUCGGCUCUGAAUCGCUGCUGCCGGGCUCUUUGUGCUGCCGGUUGCAGCUUUUUGCUUUUGGGUUGAAAGGCCUCCAAGAUAGAUUCCCUCAGGAGUAAAGUGGACUUGCUGCGCCUCCCUCUGGCCCUCUCUUCCAAGUCUAUCAGCGACCGCAAGAGCCAGCUGGGCGUGGUCUGGGAGAAGGGCGGCGGCUCAGGGGCAGGAGGGGCUCAGAAACCCCGCCCACCGCCAGCCUCCGACAUGGACAACGAGUCGAUAUAUUCAGGCUACUCCUUCAAGUCGUCCCACUCACGAAGCUCCCGCAAACACAGAGAGAGAAGAGAUAAACAUCGCUCAAAGACUCGCGACAGCAGCAUCCGUGGAGACAAGUCGGUGACCAUCCAUGCUCCUGGAGAGCAGCUGCUGGAUGCAGAGUCCACCAGAGGAGAGGACAGGGACGACAACUGGGGCGAGACCACAACAGUGGUCACUGGCACCUCCGUGGACAGCAUCUCCAAUGAGGACUUGACACGGAUCUCUAAGGACCUGGACGAGUCCUCGCCACUGGAGUGUCGCCGUUACUUUGGCCUUGUGUUGGGCGCCGUUCUCGGGCUCUUCGCUUUGGUCACUCCUCUGGCCUUCCUGGCUCUCCCACAGCUUCUGUGGCGGGACACACUAGACCCUUGCGGCACUCCAUGUGAGGGCCUUUACAUUUCUCUGGCCUUUAAGCUCCUAAUCCUCCUCAUCUCCACCUGGGCGUUGUUCCUCCGCCCACCCAGAGCCACUCUGCCACGCUUCUUUGUCUUCCGCUGUCUGCUGCUGGCACUGGUCUUCCUCUUCGUGGCGUCCUAUUGGCUCUUCUAUGGGGUGCGGGUUCUGGAGCCAAGAGAGACGGACUACAGGGGAAUUGUGGGAUAUGCAGCGUCUCUGGUGGAUGCGCUGCUGUUCAUUCAGUACCUGGCCCUGGUGCUGCUGGAGGUCAGACACCUGCAGCCCGCUUUCUGUCUGAAGGUGGUGAGGACCACAGAUGGAGCCAGCCACUUCUACAGUGUGGGACAUCUCAGUAUUCAGCGGGCAGCAGUGUGGGUUCUGGACCACUACUACAGCGACUUCCCGGUCUAUAAUCCCGCCCUGCUUAACCUGCCGAAGUCCAUCCUCACCAAGAAGAUGUCUGCGUUCAAGGUCUACAAUCUAGGAGAAGAAAACAGCACCAAUAACUCCACGGGGCAAUCCAGAGCCAUGAUCGCAGCCACGGCUCGGAGAAGAGACAACUCCCACAACGAGUACUACUACGAGGAGGCAGAGGUGGAGCGGAGGGUCCGCAAACGCAAGGCCAGGCUGGUGGUGGCAGUUGAAGAAGCCUUCACCCACAUCAAGCGUCACCAGGAGGAGGAGGCGACCGCGUCCUCACCCAAACACCCACGGGAGGUGAUGGAUCCCAGGGAGGCAGCUCAGGCCAUCUUCGCUCCCAUGGCCCGGGCCAUGCAGAAGUACCUCCGUGCCACCAGGCAGCAGUCCUACCACAGCAUGGAGAGCAUCAUCAACCACCUGCAAUUCUGCAUCACCCACAACAUGACCCCAAAGGCAUUCCUUGAACGUUACCUCAGCCCAGGUCCCACCCUCCAGUACCUGGACAAUGGUAGGGGCCGCCAGUGGACACUAGUGAGCGAGGAGCCAGUGACGGCCUCUCUGCGCCAAGGUCAGAUCUUCACCCUGAAACGCCUGGACUACGCCCUGGUCGUCACGGUGACGCCCCUUCCCUUCUUGCGGCUGGGCGAGGAGUUCAUUGACCCCAAAAGUCACAAGUUUGUCAUGAAGCUGCAGUCAGAAACCUCUGUGUAGGAAGGAGGGAGAUGAAUAAUGGAUGGAAAAAAAUAGGAGGAUGAUGAAUCAAAGAUAUUAAUCUUAUUGCCUACAGGGUAUCUUUUUAUACCUUUUUUGUAGUACAUUUUUCAUCAGUUUCCAGGAUUUUUAUUUGUUGAAUAGCGUGACACUCAAACAUACAAAACGAGAAUGGUUUAAAUGUCAUAAACUUAGAGGCGAGUCAACAGAAAUAUCCCUAACACUGACUUUGUUCCUCUUUGGUUUCUAGCAAACAAAACCAAAAUUACACCCAUGCCUCAAAGUGCUGACUGCCAACUGCUGGUAAUACACUUCAGUCUGCUUUCAGUUCCCACUUCACUGGAGAGAGAGGCUGUUCUUUGUUGUUUUAUUUCACUACAUAUUUAAUAAACUACAUUCUUUUGAUAAAAAUCCUUUGGCCAAAAAAGGAAUUUUCGAAAAGAAAGGAGUAUAUAAAUUUUGGCUACACUUACGAGUCAUGCGACACUGAUUCAAGGGAAUAUACCCAUGUAGAAUAUCAAACUGGCUGUAGUAUUAGUCUUCCAAGUAUACAGGGACACUGUAUAGCUGAUCACACACACUCUUGAGACUUGAGAGACUUGGUUUUAGCUCACAGUACUUCAGCAGUGAGCUUGCUGCUCCCUCCCCUUCUAACUUCUCAUUUUCUGUUGUUUCAGCCAUAAAAGGCUUUAAACAGGCAUCAAAAACAUCAACUAUCAACAUCAACAUCUUGUCUCACCUUUUUAGGACAUUGAUAAGAUUCAUUGACUGAGUCAAAGGGGGAUGAACUACUUUUGAACCACUUCUCCAAUUUUUGAUUCCACUGGAAACACCCCUUUACUGGAAGUUACACAUACAUACUUUGCAGUGAGAGUAUGACAUAAGAAACACUGGAUGGAUUUGUUCCACUGAGCAUUUCAUUGUAUUACAAGGGGCGAUUGAUAAGUUAGUGGCCUAAGGUAGAAGGCAUCCAGUUCAACUGUUUGAGUGAUUAUGCAGAAAGUUUUAAGUUACUAACUUUUGUCGGCCUUUGUGCUGUUAUCCAUUACUUUGGUCUUAAGGGCUUAUCACCCAAGGAAGCCCUUGGCCUGAUUUGGCUCCCUCAGACCAUCACCUCUUCCCCAAGAUGAAGAAAGAGCUUAGUGGGCGCCAUUUUGUCAGUGAGAAUGAUGUGGAGCACCAAAUGCUCCACAACAGCUGGACUCAGGAUGUAAAUGUAGGAGAGGGGACUAUGAUGAAAAAUAAAUGUGCUAGGUUUUAUAAAAUUUACUCCUUCUACCGUAGCCCACAAAUUUAUCAAUCGCCACUCGUAUGUUCACAUUUGUGCGUCUCUUGUCACUCAGAGACAUCAUUUUUACACUAUUAUUUUUACACUACAAACAGAGAUUGCCAUGCCAGUCACAAGCAGUUUACAUGUACAUUUUGAUGCGGUUUCUAAGCUUGUAUUUUUCCUGUUUCAGAUUUUGCUGUCACUUUAUUGUACUGAAACUAAGCUCUGAAACUAAACACUUGUCUCUGAAGAACAAUGUCCUUAAAAGCUGAAGACGGUGUCUAUUGUUAUUGGUUUAGGACUCUGCAAAAGGUUUUUGAUAAAA